AUGCAGGUGUGCUUAAUGCUACCACAGUGGCAGAACGCGUUUGCCCUUCAGAAGGGAUCUUGUGGCACAGGCUUGGUUGACAGCAGCGUUUGCCUGCUACUUCUGCGUCUAGUCAGUAGAGAUCUUCACCUUAGUGGGAAUACGGGUUCAAAUAGAGCCAUUGGGGCCAGUGAAGGGGUCCUGAUUUGGCUAGAAGAGGAUAACGGUAGCAUCAGCGUUUUUACAUUAACAGUGAUAGAAGCUGGGCAGGGACGCAGGCCUGCUGUGAUCCGUGGUUCUCCGGCAUUGUGGCUGGCAGACGAUGAUCACCAAGACACUAGUCAAGACCGUAGUCUGCCCAAAGUGGUUGGGCAGAGAGAGGAACGUGGAAGUGACUUGUCUCUGCUCUCUGGAGAGGCACGAGGACUUCUGUGUUACAAGGUUUGUGUGCUGGAGAGGCAAAUAUUUGACUUCCUUGGAUAUCAGUGGGCACCUAUCCUGGCAAAUUUUGUACAUAUUAUUAUCGUCAUUCUUGGUUUAUUUGGAACUAUUCAAUAUAGACCUCGUUACAUAACAGGAUAUGCUGUCUGGCUAGUCCUCUGGGUUACGUGGAAUGUGUUUGUUAUCUGCUUCUAUUUGGAGGCUGGGGACCUCUCAAAGGAAACAGACCUUAUCCUGACUUUUAAUAUUUCAAUGCACCGAUCUUGGUGGAUGGAGAAUGGACCAGGAUGUACGGUGACAUCAGUGACACCUGCCCCAGACUGGGCCCCAGAAGACCAUCGCUACAUCACGGUCUCAGGGUGUUUUCUGGAGUACCAGUACAUAGAAGUGGCCCACAGUUCCCUCCAGAUUGUCCUCGCACUGGCAGGGUUCAUCUACGCCUGUUAUGUUGUGAAAUGUAUAACUGAAGAAGAGGACAGCUUUGAUUUCAUAGGUGGCUUUGACUCUUAUGGCUAUCAGGGGCCUCAGAAGACAUCUCAUUUACAGCUACAGCCUAUGUACAUGCAAAUUCCCUUGGAUAACAACUGA